AUGAAGACCGCGGUGGCUCUGCUGCUGCUCUGCCUGUUUAAUCCAGCACAGAGUGACUGUCAGGCUGACUGCCUGUCCUGCAGCAACAUCCUGCCCAAACAGCUCAGUUUCAACACCGUGGUGUGUCUCCUUGAGUGUGAAGGCAACGUUUUACCAUCCUUCUCCUGGGACUUCUGUCGUAAAGCGCUGUCGUCACCCCUCUCCUCUCUCAGUGGUGCCAUGCGGAAAAGAUCUCAGGAGGAGGUGGAGGCCUUGUUUCCUGAGCAGGAUGAGAACAUGGAGGGAGGUCUGUCCCUGCCUGUUGCAUUACAGAGGUUCGAUCAUGUGACCCGGGCACUCGGCGUGGAUGAGAGUAACCUAGGUGGCAAGGGCGGUCAGCUGAACACUGCCUACAAUUCCCAGAAUGCCCUGUCUCUUGAAGACGAGUAUGAGGACGACGAGGCAAGGCAGGAAGGGGGGGAUUCUGAUGCGGUAGCAGGACACGGUGACGUAGGGCUGAGCGUCUCCAAGAGGUUUGGCGGCUUCAUCAAAGGAAGGCAUGACUACAGGAAACUGAUGUCCCCGGGAAGGUCGUACCAGAAGAGGUAUGGUGGCUUCAUCGGCAUUCGAAAGUCAGCCCGCAAGUGGAACAACCAAAAACGUUUCAGUGAAUUCCUGAAGCAGUACCUGGGGAUGAGCACUCGGGCCACUGAGUUCAACAGCGUGUCAGAAGACCUCACCCAACAGAAUGAGGUUUAG